GAUGGAAUUACUAAAGAGAGGAUUUUAAUUUUUGGUUAAGAUACACAGCAAAUUAAUACAUAAAUAUUAUCAACAUAUAUACAGAAAGAGAAAAUUGAAAACAUUCUUGAUGGGAGUAGGUAGAUAUGGAAAUGUAUAAAAUUAUAAGGAUCUUUGUACUUGCUUAGAAGAUUAUCACAAUUGGCGAUGGCAUUGACACCUACAAUAAGAAUAAAUUUACUUGGAAGAUAUGGAGAAGAUUCUUGGGCUGUAGUAACAGGAGGAUCAGAUGAAAUUGGUAAAGAGUUUUGUAUUUAAUUGGCAAAAUAGAAAUUCAAUAUAGCCAUUAUAGGUAGGAAUGCUUAGAAAAUGGAUUAAGUUUGUUUAGAAUUAUAGACACAUGGAGUAUAGACUAAAUUUAUAGUGGCUGAUUUUAAUGAAGGAUAUACAGUUGAUUUUUAUAAUAAAAUCUAUGAAUAGCUUGAGUAUUUAGAUAUAUCAAUUUUGGUCAAUAAUGCUGGAAUAGUAGAAGCUGGACAAUUUGAAUAAAUGAAGAUGGAAGAUUCAUUUAUGAUGUUAAGAGUGAAUGCAUUAUCUACUAUAAUGAUGACUAGAAUCUUAAUUAACAAAUUAUAGAAUAGAAUUAAGAAAUCUGCUGUCAUUACAAUUUCAUCUGGAUUAGCAUAUUUACCUAGUCCAUUUGUAAGUGUUUAUAGUGGAACAAAAGCAUUCACUAAUUAUUUUACUUAAUCUUUAGCUUUGACUUCAAAAAAUACAGACUUUUUAAGUGCAACUCCUUUGGGAAUAAGUACUAAGAUGUUAGCCAAUAGAAAAGGUCCUAAUAUUAUUGAAUCUAAUGAAUUUGUUAAAAAUGUGAUUAAUGAUUUAAGAGAAGGUAAAACACAUAGUUUUGGUUGUUAUCGACAUAGAAGAUAUAUUAAUCAUUUAUUAUGGAGAAAUUAGAAUGUUAGAAAUAAAGCUAAAAUAUCAUUGGGUACCUAUUUGAGAAAUGUUAAUAUAGAAAAAGGAAGAUAGGAAGAAUUAUAAAAAUGAG